CCCCUAUUCUGUCACAUCCCAUUCUACUCUAUAUGCUCCAUCUUAGACACCAUUUCUCGCAACAAUAUUAACCAUGCCGGCCAUCUCACCCGUCCUUGCACUCCUCGCACUCUUCUCCCUGGCCAAGUCCCAGCAUCCUAAUAAUGGUUAUCUCCAUGUCAUGUGUUACCCUACUAGUUUAGUCGGGGCUGCCCCUUUGGAUUUCUCGUCCCUCUCUCAGUCCCCCUUCCCGUGCGAACAACAUAUGUACCUCCUACAAGUCUGCAGCGCCAACGGAACUACUCAGAUCGACUUCCUCGCCGAGCAGGAGUGUCUCUGCGGCGGCAACGCCUUGGAGGCCUGGUACGGCUGCGAGCUCUGUUACGCCGCGCACGGCUGGGUUGGAUUCGAACCCGCCGCGCUGAAGGAACACUACACUAGCCUCAGCAACGCCGAAUGCAAGCCCACCCCAGUCACGCAACCAUAUGCGGACCUAUUCCCGCCUUACAACGCGACGAGCGUACAUUCUAGCCCCUGAUGCCACUAUCGUCAAUGAUCGCUUCCCUAACGAUACGCGCGUCGAGAAUUACUGGACGGGCGCGAAGACGGCAAUUGCUGGCAAGAUCACGGGAAUCGCCACGGCGCGGUUGACGAGUUUCACAAACACUGAUGGUGUGCGGUAUACGCCGACUGGAUCGAUAAGCCCGUUGAGCACGGCGAACCCGACGAACCCAUCCUCGCCGUCGUCUACAGGUGGCGCGACGGAGGUAAGAGUAACGGGGGAAUUAUUGGUUGCGAUAGUCGGGGCAUUAGCGGCACUUUGAAUGGAGGGACUAAUCGGGAGGUCUUUUCAGUGUUCCCUAAAUAGUAUUCGAAUACUAUUCGGGGUUUUCCCGAAUACUCGCCAUCUGAAAGUAUUCGGCGAAUACUCAUACAAAUCCUCGCCGAAUACUAUUUGGGUAUUUUAAGGCUCAACUAUUGUGAAAUAUAAUAGGAUAUACCGAAAAUUAGUGGUCCCUUAUUAGCAGUC